AUGGCGUGCACAGUUGCGAGCGCUAUCGCCGAAAGCCGACGACGCGGCGACACCGGAGUAUAUAAGGAGCUUGACCUCUCAAGGUUCACUAGCAGAUCAGUCAACUCAGAAUUGCAUCCAACAGACAAAAUGACUGUCGUACCGGUGGAAUCGAAAGUCCCGCCCCAUCCUAGGCUCCACUCCUCCGGCUCCUUGGAUGGCUUCAAAUCCACCACUCUCACGCCGGUUAUCGGACACGAGUUCCCCAAGGGCUCUGUCAACAUCGUUGAUGACAUUCUAAACGCACCCAAUGCCGAGAAACGCAUCCGCGAUCUCGCUAUCCUAAUCGCCGAACGCGGCGUCGUCUUCUUCCGCGCCCAAGAUAACCUCACCAACGACCUACAAAAAGACCUCAUCCUCAAACUGGGCGAACUCACCGGCCGUCCUGCAGACCACGGCCUACACAUCCACCCGGUCGUCAACGACGCACGGGAAUUCGGCGACCCAGACCCGCAAAUCAGUACGAUCAACUCGCUCGAACACAAGAAGCUAUACAAGGGUGCGUACGGCAACCUCGCCGCAAUCUGGCACUCGGACAUCUCCUUCGAAAAGGCGCCCUCGGACUACUCGGCGCUGCGGCUUACCCUUCUCCCGGAAACGGGCGGCGAUACGCUCUGGGCGAGUGGGUAUGAGCUCUACGACCGCAUUAGCAAGCCGUACCGCGCGUUUCUGGAGACGUUGACGGCGAAUCAUUCUGGGGAUGGGUUCCAUCGGGCCGCUGAGGCUGGGGGGUUUGGGCUUUACGAGAAGCCUAGAGGGUCGCCGUUGAAUGUGGGUGGCGAUUUGGCCAGUGACCAUCCGGUUGUCAGGACGAAUCCGAUUACGGGGUGGAAGAGUAUCUUUCCUGUGGGGACUUUCCCUAAGAGUGUCAAUGGCCUGACGAGGCGUGAGAGUGACAAUCUCCUGAAGUAUUUCCAUGACUUGAUCACAUACGGUCAUGACCUGCAGGUCCGGUUCAAAUGGGACCAGCCUAAUGAUAUCGCAAUCUGGGAUAACCGCAGCGUCUUCCACACCGCAACAUUCGACUACGACGGCAUCGGCGAACGCAGCGGAAACCGCGCCGUUGGGAUCGGUGAGGCGCCCUACUUUGACCCUGGGAGUAAGUCUCGUCGCGAGGAUCUGGGGAUUGAGGACCACUUGAAUCCGGUUCAUUGGUAG